AUGACAAACCGACUUCAGCAACUGACUGCAAGUGCUGAGCAAAAGGAUUCUGAGCUGAAUGAACUAAGAGCUACAAUUGAGGCCUUAAAACGACAAAGUGGACUGACUAACACUGACCCUGUAUUAAGCCCAAGCGUUGGCCGACGUCAUACUUCUCCUGCGUCAGGAGGCUGUGAAGCAGGCAUCAUUCGUCAGAUGUCCUCGGACAGUAUGUCCAGCAUCAAUAGUUUAUCGAGUGCCUGUAGUGCGGCAAGUCAGCAAUCAGCAGCCACAGAUGGAGACAUUGGCAAAAAGAAGAAUAAAAAAAAGGGCUGGUUGCGUAGUUCAUUCAGCAAAGCCUUCUCUCGCAAGAAGAAUAAGCACGGAUCCAUGUCAGAUGUAGAGCCGGAUACUGCGAGUUUGCGAUCUAAUUGCUCAGCUCCAAACUCGCCAUUGUUGCAGCUCUCUCAUCUCAAUGGACCAGGCUCAAUUAAAGGUUCACAUUCUUCGGGAGCAAUUUGCGAAUCAGAAGACUCUACUGUUAGUGAAUUACGCAAACAACUCCGUGAAAAAGACAUGAAGUUGACAGACAUUCGUCUGGAAGCUCUUACAUCAGCACAUCAGCUGGAACAACUGCGGGAGACCAUGAAUAAAAUGAGAAAUGAAAUGAGUGCUUUGAAGGCAGAUAAUGAUCGUCUAACCCGAAUGGUUACCACAAAAAAUCUGAAUAUGUCAACAUCUUCCCUACAUCACCAAGUUAGUAACGACUCUUUGGAUCGCAGUUUAAGCUUGACUUCAUCAGACCAUGGCAGUCUGGGUCGAAGAAAACAAAAAAUGGGAAUGAAAUCUCCAACACAAUCAGAUAUUAUGCAGAUUCCAGAAACACCUGACAGAGAAGGAAAGCGUGUCACAAUCACAGUUUACCUGGGAUCUAAUCCAGACCCAUUCAGAACCCCAGAGAAACUUCCAGAGGUUCUAAUUGGUUCAUUGUCUGUAAGUGGAAAAACAAAGUGGGACAUCCUAGAUAAUAUUGUUAGAAAAAUAUUUAAGGAAUAUGUUUUAAGAAUUGAUCCAGUUACCAACUUAGGAUUAAGCGCUGAGAGUGUUUUCUCCUAUCACAUUGGUGAAAUUGUCCGCACAAAAGAUGCUGAAGUGCCGGAGCUAUUACCAAUUGGCUACUUGGUUGGUGAUACCAUGCAAAUUGGUAUUUGCCUUAAAGGUACCAAACAAAAUAGUGUCGACUCACUGGCAUUCGAGACUCUAAUCCCAAAAUCCAUUAUUCAGAGGUAUGUUUCCCUAUUACUGGAACAUCGGAGAAUUAUCUUGUGUGGACCAAGUGGAACAGGAAAGACCUAUUUGGCACAGAAGUUGGCAGAACACUUGGUACUAAGAUCUGGGCGUGAGCUGACUGCUGGUUCAGUUGCCACGUUCAAUGUGGACCAUAAGUCUGGCAAAGAAUUACGUCAGUACCUGUCCAACAUUGCUGAACAGUGCGAAAGCACCAGUGCAGGCGAACUGCCCAGUGUUAUCAUUCUGGACAACUUGCACCAUGUUGGAUCUUUGGGAGAAGUCUUCAAUGGCUUCUUGAGUGUCAAAUACCAAAAGUGCCCUUAUAUAAUUGGAACCAUGAACCAAGCUACCUGCUCCACUACCAACCUUCAACUCCACCACAACUUUAGGUGGGUUCUGUGUGCAAAUCACAUGGAACCAGUUAAGGGAUUUCUAGGUCGAUAUUUACGGCGCAAACUUGUUGAGGCUGAGGUGCACAUGGGUACCAGAAACAACGACCUCAACAAAAUCAUUGAUUGGAUCCCGAAAGUGUGGCAACACCUAAACAAAUUCUUGGAAACACACAGCUCAUCAGAUGUUACUAUUGGUCCCAGACUUUUCUUAUGUUGUCCUAUGGACAUUUCUGGUUCUCAAGUCUGGUUCACAGAUCUUUGGAAUUAUUCCAUUGUUCCCUACCUUUUGGAUGCUGUUAAAGAAGGCCUACAAUCACGUAAACUGAAUGACAAUGAGGUUUAUGGAAAGAGAGCCCCCUGGGAAGAUCCAGCUGAAUGGGCAAUAGAAAGUUAUCCCUGGGCCAAUUCAGGCAAUCAUGAUGCACCAUCCUUGCAACGCCUGCGUCCAGAAGAUGUAGGAUAUGACACUCAAGGUGUGCCCCCAGAUUCUCCUCAAACUAAACGGGAGAAUAAUACAUCAAGUGAUGGCAUAGAUGGUGACCCCUUGGUUGGUACCUAUUACUUUUUUGCCUUCCCCCCUUUUCUUCCUUCCGUCCAGUCAACUCUGGAUCAGGCAUCAAGUAAGAAAAGGUGA